GUGCGUGUAGGCGUGCAUGGAGGAGAGGAGAACGGAGUGGAAGGCUGACUGGCGACGGGGGUGGGACUGACACUCGGUGCGGGACUGAGGAUGAAUAGUCAGAAGAAAAGAAAAGAUAUGGAACCUGCUUGUACCUGGAGUUUAUUGUCUCAGCAGAAAGGAGUAGUGCCUCCCACGAACCUGGCCUCCCAUGUUCCCAACCUGGAUUACCGGGAAGUAUUUAGAAACCAUCUAAAAGAAAAAUACCUAAAAAUAGGAGUUGAUAAAUGUUAUCACCAUGGCAAGCAUAUAGAGUCACGACUACUUAUUGUAAAAGAACACGGUAUAUCAGAAAAGACUCCAUGUGGAAUUCCUCAACAAGAUAAUUUUAUUAAGAUAGAAGAUGUAUUUGAUCCUGACGAAGAGGGCUCCAAUUUAUCCCAAACUGUGGUGCUUCAGGGAUGUGCUGGGAUUGGAAAAACAGCUGUGGUACACAAGUUCAUGUUUGAUUGGGCAGCGGGAAUGGUUACUCCAGGGAGGUUUGACUGUCUCAUCUACAUAAACUGCAGAGAAAUAAGCCAUACUGCUAACCUUAGUGCUGCUGACCUGAUCACUAACACUUUUGAAGAUAUAGAUGGACCAAUCCUGGAUGUUAUUCUUGCAUAUCCAGAGAAGCUUCUGUUCAUUCUUGAUGGAUUUCCUGAGCUUCAGUAUCCUGUAGGUGACCAGGAAGAGGUUCUUAGUGCUAACCCUCAAGAGAAGAAGCCAGUAGAGACCCUCUUAUGUAGUUUUGUGAGGAAAAAACUAUUCCCUGAAUCCUCCCUGCUGAUAACUGCCCGCCCAACGACCAUGAAGAAACUCCACUCUAUGUUAAACCAAUGUAUCCAGGCAGAGAUCCUCUGGUUUACAGAUGCUGAAAAGAGAGCAUAUUUCUUGAGUCAGUUUUCAGGUGCUAAUACAGCAAUGAGACUCUUUUAUGGUCUGCGAGAAAAUGAAAGCCUUGACAUUAUGUCUUCUCUUCCCAUCAUCUCCUGGAUGAUCUGCAGUGUCCUGCAGUCACAGAGAGAUGGUGACAGGACUCUUAUAAGGUCACUUCAGACCAUGACUGAUGUGUAUCUGUUCUACUUUUCCAAGUGCCUCACAACCCUUACAGGCAUCUCGAUGUGGAAGGCACAAAGUUGCCUGUGGGGCCUUUGCUCUUUGGCUGCAGAGGGACUACAGAACCAGCAGGUCCUAUUUGAAGUCAGAGACCUCAGAAGACAUGGAAUAGGAGUGUGUGAUACCAACUGCACUUUUCUCAGUCACUUUUUGAAAAAAGCUAAAGGAAGUGUCAAUGUCUAUACUUUCCUUCACUUCAGUUUCCAAGAGUUCUUGACUGCUGUAUUCUAUGCCUUGAAGAAUAAUAGCAGCUGGAUGUUUUUUGAUCAAGUGGGAAAAACAUGGCAAGAAAUAUUCCAACAGUAUGGAAAAGGGUUUUCAUCAUUAACGAUACAGUUCUUAUUUGGCCUCUUACGUAAAGAAAAGGGAAAGGCCGUGGAAACUACUUUCGGAAAAAGAGUCUCUUCAGGGCUUCGAGAGGAGUUAUUGAAGUGGACUGAGAAAGAAAUAAAGGAUAAAUCUUCUAGGUUACAGAUUGAGCCAAUGGACUUGUUUCACUGUUUGUAUGAGAUUCAGGAAGAAGAAUAUGCAAAAAGGAUAAUUGAUGAUUUACAGUCAGUUAUACUGCUUCAACCUACCUACACAAAAAUGGACAUUCUGGCUAUGUCCUUCUGUAUAAAAAGCAGUCACAGUCACCUGUCAGUGUCUCUGAAGUGUCAACACCUGCUUGGAUUUGAGGAAGAAGAGCGAGCCUCAGUAUUCAUGACACCAGCCUUGACACUUAAUCGGUCCUUCCAGCUUCGCCAUUUGCCAGUGUCUCGGAUACACUUGCUCUGCCAAGCACUGCGUAAUCCAUACUGUAAAAUCAAAGACCUGAAACUGAUUUUCUGCCGCCUUACAGCUUCUUGUGGCAGGGACCUCUCCUUAAUAUUUGAAACCAACCGGUAUCUGACAGAUUUGGAAUUUGUAAAAAAUACCCUGGAAGAUUCAGGAAUGAAAUUUCUGUGUGAAGGAUUAAAACAGCCAAACUGUAUUUUACAGACAUUGAGGCUGUACCGAUGCCUUAUCUCUCCUGCUUCUUGUGAAGCACUAGCUGCUGUUCUCAGCACCAGUCAGUGGCUCACCAAUCUGGAAUUUCGUGAAACAAAACUAGAAGAUUCAGCUUUUAAACUGCUCUGUGAAGGCUUGAAACAUCCAAAUUGCAAGUUACAGAAGCUCAAGUUGUGUGCCAGCUUUCUCCCUGAAAGCUCAGAGACUGUUUGCAAGUACCUUGCCUCUGUUCUCAUUUGCAAUCCAAACCUCACUGAGUUGGACCUGAGUGAAAAUCCCCUGAGGGACAUAGGAGUGAAAUAUCUUUGUGAGGGUCUCAGACAUUCCAACUGUAAAGUGGAGAAAUUAGACUUGAGCACAUGUUACCUCACAGAUGCUAGCUGUGUGGAACUGUCUUCUUUCUUGCAAGUGAGUCAGACUUUAAAAGAGCUGUUUGUAUUUGCCAAUGCCCUGGGGGACACAGGAGUACAGCAUCUCUGUGCGGGUCUGCGGCAUGCGAAGGGUGUAAUCGAGAAUCUUGUGCUUUCCGAAUGUUCCCUUUCUGCAGCUUGUUGUGAGUCCCUCACCCAAGUCCUAAGCUCCACCUGGAGCCUGACAAGGCUGCUUCUAAUUAAUAACAAAAUUGAAGAUUUGGGACUGAAAUUGCUGUGUGAAGGAUUAAAACAGCCUGGCUGUCAGUUAAAGGAUCUGGCAUUGUGGUCCUGUCACUUGACUGGAGAGUGUUGUCAGGAUUUGUGUAAUGCACUCUACACCAAUGAACACCUGAGAGACCUCGACCUCAGUGAUAAUGCCCUGGGGGAUGAAGGCAUGCAGGUGCUGUGUGAAGGGCUGAAAUACCCAUCCUGCAAACUACAGACCUUGUGGUUAGCAGAGUGUCAUCUCACAGAUGCAUGCUGUGGAGCCCUUGCCUCUGUCCUAAACAGAAAUGAGAACCUAACAUUGCUAGACUUAAGUGGAAAUGACCUCAAGGAUUUUGGAGUGCAGAUGCUGUGUGAUGCACUGAUGCAUCCAAUAUGUAAACUACAGACGUUCUACAUUGACACGGAUCAUUUACACGAAGAGACAUUCAGAAAGAUGGAAGCUUUAAAAAUGAGCAAGCCUGGAAUCACCUGGUAGUUUCCAAGGAGAGCCCCCAAAUCAGCUGCAUAUAGACCUAGCACCUCUUUAACAGUUGUGCAGUAUUCUUGUUCUAACUAAACAUGUUAACCUUUGAUGAGGAUGUUAGUGUGAUAGCUGUCUCUUACACAGAACCAUCUACUAAGUAGGAUGUAAAAGGUGGAAGCACCUUAGUUCAAAUGUCUUCAGCAAUAGUGCUUAUAUUCUUAUGUUAUGUUUACUAUGUUUUCACAAUAACCCUUGAAGGUGGGAAGAUGAGGCUCAGAGAGGUUGUGAGUAGCUCGAGGUUAUAUACAGUUCAUUAAUGGGAGAGUUAGGACUGGAAUCCAGCCAGAUUUCUCAAAUUUCUCAAUACCCAGACCAGGGCAGGGAAACAGUAGAAAAAAAUACUUGUGAAUAAGUCUAUUUAAAAAAAAUACUUGAAAUGACUAAAGGACAAGAGGGUAUACAAACACGUCUUAUGGUGCUGAUUUUGAGUAAAGCUACAGUUCACAAAAGAAAGAGAGGAAUGUGUUGGAUUAAUAGGGAAAGGCUUCAUGGAGGUGAGACUUGAUGUGGACCUUUAGAGUGAGUACAGUUGAGAUGGGGAGAUACACUGGCCAGUGGCUGUAAGACUGAAGACAACAGGGCUGUGUUUGUGAGCAGCUCACCAAGAGCACCUUAGGGAGAGAGAAAUGUUUGCUUUAGUUUCUUGAGCUGGGACAGUAUCCAUGUCCUAGUCCCCAGGCUCAGUUCCCUUUCUGAACUUUUAAUAUCUACCCCAUGUGUGUGUUCUUGUUUGUGGAUUCCUAUGGCUGACUCACUUCUCAUCCCUGACAGCAUAUUGUAUAUAGGCUAACAUGGAUCCUGCACAACCUCAUGUUUCUAUCUCUGCCCAGCUUCCAUAAAACAACAGAUAAGACAAAUGGAGAAAGGAAUGCGAAGCAAGGAAAAUAGCACAAAGUCAGUGAAAUCAGAGCGAAUGUGGUGUGGGACCAACAGAAAAGUAGGCUGACCUGAUUAUAGUGUAGAGUUGUCUCUGAAAGCCACUUGACUAGCUGUGACCCUGAAUAAGUCACUUGGAUUCCUGGAGCCUAAGUUUUCUCAUCUAUAAUAAAAUGGGGAUAAACUGACAUUAUCCUUGCAGGGCUGUUGUUCCCAAUAUGGUGCCUACCUCACAGUAGGUACUGAUUAAUGGUAGCUAUUUGUAUGAGUGUGUACCUAUAACUCAGCUGUGUAGUCUUUGAGCUCCUAAAUUUUCUUGCUGUGUGGUUAAGUGAACUGUGCAUUUGAACUAAAUGUGUGUGCUGAAGGCAGUGAGUCUAGUGGGAAAGAGACUUGCAGUGGGAAAUUAUUGCAAGCAAGAGGUUCACUUGAUUCCUGUCCUCAUCGAUCAUUGUCAGUUGUUCCCUGCUGCCUUAGGAGAUGGCAACUCUCAGGCAGGAGACCAGGUCUGGCAUGGGAAGAAUAGUCAAGAAAGUAGUUUCUUUCUAGUUUUCUCAAGUUAUUCUAUCCCUUUUUUUAUUUAACACUUAUUUAUUGAGCAUUUAUUGUCUGCUGGGUUUUGUGUUAAGUGUUGCCCUUUCAGAGAUUAAUAUGCUUUUUCCUUUGCACUUACCCUGCCAUGUUCUCUGACUGCCCUAAUCCCUCUUCAGUCUGGUAAAGAUACAUGUUAAAUGAAAAAUUGCAGAACUGUGUGUGUGUGUGUACCUGUGUAUCCUAUUUGUGUACAAAAGGAUAAAUAUGCAUGUGUAUGUAUAUAUGUCCAAAAUACUUACGUAAUUAUAUAUACAAGAAAUUGCCAACAUAAUUUGUCUCCAGCAAGAGGAAUUUGGCAACAAUGGGCAAUGGGAGAAGAGGAAAAGAUCAUUUUCAUCUAUAGCCCUCUAUUCUACUUGAUGUUUUUUUACUAUGUGCAUGUAUUACUUUUAUAAAUUAGUGAACUUCAUGUUAAAAAUAAAAUUCAUUCAUACCAAG